UCAAACCCAAGGCAUCAUUUAUGAGAACCUUAAUCUUAGCUUUGUUACUAGGUCACAAAUAGGCAAAUGAUUUCUUUUCUCAAGCUUAGUUUCUUCAUUUGCAAAUAUAUAUUAUGACAGUCAUCAUUGUGUGGCAAUUAACAGUUUGCAGAGUACAUAAAAUGUUUUAUUUGAUUCUUAUAACAGUAUUGUGAGACCCGUAAUAAAUGGUUUCAUUUCUACAGAUCAACAAAUUGAGGACCUAUAGCAUUAAGUGCUUGACUUCUCUGUUUAUUCCCUUGCCAAGUGCAGAGUUACAAUUCAUUCUUUUAAAUAAUGUUUAGCUUUUAAAAAAAGCUAAAUAUUGUAAUGUAAAUGUAAAUAGUGUACUUACAUUACCUAUUGUAUGUAAGUACAAGAUACUAACAUAUGCAUACAUUAUAAAUGAAGAUAAAGCUCUUCCAUGUAAAGAAAUCAUGUAAAGAGGAUACACUCAACUGUUGCAUUCAAGUAAUUGUGCAAUGUAUUAAUAACACAUUCAGUAAGUAUAGACUGGUAGAGGAGCACAAAGAGAACCAUCCUUUAUGAUAAGAGGAAGUUAGAGGAUGGAGGUCAAGAUUUUCUUGGAGUUAAUAACCCCUUAGGUGAGAUCUAAAGGACAAAACAGAUGUAAGCGGAAGUGGGAAAAGAUUUUCCCAGGCAGAGAUAACAGCAUGUAGAGAUUGGAGGCAUGAACAGGGAUUUGUAACUGGUUCUUUAGAGCUAGCUAGCAUAGACUGCAAUGAAUAUUGAUCAGAGAUAUGACUAGAGAAAUUAAUAGCAGAUAUGUUAAGAUCCAAAACAUUAUUCAAAAGACGCAUUAUGCUCUGGAUGUGGUAUAGUGGUAGAGUCAGCAUGAGACCUUGGGCUCCAUCCCGGACUGAAGGGGAGAUGGAAUAGGUUCCCCCUCAACAGGAACAGGUUUUGUCCUCAGAACACUGAAAAAUGAUUUUUAAUGUUUUAUUUGGGGAGAAAUUUGUUUUAAGAAGGUGAGGUCAGAGACGUGUCCUUUGUGAUUUGAUCCCUGGUACCCCAUUAUGAUUUCUCAAAGCCCCCCAGGAGUGGUUCCUGAGCAGAGCCAAGAGUAAGCCUUGAGCACCACCAAAAAAGAAAAAAUAAAGUGUGAAAAAAACACUGCAUGAGAAUUGCUGGAUUGGAUUUGGUGGAGAAGGGGUGUUGAUCACUCUUUUCAGUGUUAUGGUCACUCUUGGUGGUGUUUGGGGGACCAAGUGGUUCCAGAAUUGAAUGCAAAAUAGCUCUGUGUGGUUCCCAUGAAAUGCAAGCACUGUGAUCUCUGUACUGUGUCUUUAGCAAAAGGAUCUGUGUAUGUGUGUGUAUAUGUAAAGUAUAAUUGUUUUAAAGAAAUUGCCUUAGGGGCCGGAGCGAUAGUACAGUAGGUAGGGUGUUUGCCUUGCAUGCAGCGGAUCCCCGGUUUGAUCCCCAACAUCCCAUACAGUCACCUGAGCACUGCCAGGUGUGACCCAUGAAGCCAAAAAAUAAUAAUAAUCAUAAUAAAAUAAAAAAUUUCUUUAGAGAAGGAUGUGGGGAAGAGAAUAAGAGAAACAGUUACAUGUUCAAGAGAUGACAGUCUUCAGGAGGAGGGAAGCCCAGUACACACAUCUUAGGUUGAGGUACAGGCUAAUCUCAGGGAUGAAGAAGGAAAACUUCACUGGCUAUUUUUGAGUCCAGAUAGGAGGCUGAUUUGUAGUCCAGAAGAAAGGAAAUGAUGACUUGUUCCUUGAUAGAAAUACAUGACUUAUGAACUAUUAGAAAAAAUUUUAAAACUUGGCUGUUGUUAAGAGCAAAAACUCAGGACCAAUCGAUAGUAAGUAUAAUGGGAUAGGGGACUUGCCUUGCGCUUGGCCAACCCAUGUUCAAUCCCCAGCAUACUGUAUGGUUCCCGUGCACCACCAGGAGUAAUUCCUGAGUGGAGAGCCAAAAGUAACCCCUGAGAAACACUGGGUGUUGCCAAAAAGUCAAAGGGGGAAAAAAUUUUUUUUGAAAGAAUAAAAUCUCUGUAGUGACUCCCUUGUCUGUAGAAUUGUGGGCAUAUUUCUAAACUACGACAUAACCUACUUAUCAGCAACAACAAUAACUAAGUCACAGGCUUGCAGUGAAGAAUGAAUCAGUGCUUAUAUGACUCUUAGAACAAUGCUUAUAAAUAAUGACUCAAGGUAUCAGUUUUAAUUUUUUUUGAGGGAUGAGGUUUUGGGCCACACUCUGUGGUGCUCAGGGCUUUCUUCUAGCUCUGCUCUUAAGGAUCACUCCUAGAGGGCUCAGGGGACUAUAUGGGAUGCAAAGGAUCAAACCUAGAUUAGCCACAGGCAAGGUAAGCAUCCUACCUGCUGUAAACGAUGUACUUAAGUAAUCUUUUAAGUAUAGUGAAUAACAGAGAAAGAAUCACAGAUGAUCUCUAGUUACCAGGUUUAGGCACUAUGUGAAUGAGACCUGGGUAAGAGAUAGUAGAGGUUUGAGAAAUGGGGAAUGACAAAUUCUUUUGCAUUAGAGAGGGUACUUGGACAUGCAUGUAGACCUGCAACCUGUGGCAUAUGAAUAUAUCAGAAAAGAUUCUGUCUGUAGUGGCCAGAGUGAUAGUGUAGCAGGUAGGGUUCUUGCAUGCAUGCAGCCAACCUGGGCUACAUCUCUGGCAUCCCAUGUGGUUCCCCCAAGCACCCACCUCCUGGAAUGAUUUGGUUUUUUGUUUUCUUGGGUCAUACCAGGCGAUGCACAGGGGUUACUCCUGGCUCUGCACACAGGAAUUACUCCUGGCAGUGCUCAGGGGACCAUAUGGGAUGCUGGGAAUCGAACCCGGGUCUGCCACGUGCAAGGCAAACGCCCUACCCGCUGUGCUAUCGCUCCAGCCCCUGGAACGAUUUCUAAUGCAUAGCCAGGAGUAACCUCUGAGCAUCAAAGGAUAUGGCCCCAAAACAAACAAACAAAAAAAAAGAUUCUGCCUAGAGACAGGCUCAGCAAGGCUUCGGUAAUUGAAGCUUUGGGAGAGAUUGCCUGAAAAGUGCCCUUACAGGAAGAAACUCAGGACAGGUGGCAAUUUCUAGAGCUCCUGAGAGAUGAAUCUUAAUUACGCAUACCCAUUGUUCAUUCUUUCUGUUAAAACACAUGCUACUUCUUUUGGGGGCACAGGUUUAAGGUGGGAAGGAGGGAGGGUUAUUUGUCCUGAAUUUUUAGGUUAUUUCAGGAGGUGCUCAAGGGCUUACUUCCUCAGAAAUGGAAGGGAUCACUCCUCUGGUGUUUGGGCAGUCAUAUGCCAGGGAUAAAACCAGUUAACUGCAUGCAAGGCAAGCACUUAAAACCUGUAUUAUUGCUCCAUGUAACUUUUUUUUUUUAAUUAAUUUUUUUGCUUUUUGGGUCACACCCGGCAUUGCACAGGGGUUACUCCUGGCAGUGCUCAGGGGACCAUAUGGGAUGCUGGGAAUUGAACCCGGGUCUGCUGCAUGCAAGGCAAACGCCCUACCCGCUGGGCUCCAACCCCCAUAUAAUUUUUUAACACUUAAAAAUUUUUCAGCAAGUUUUUUUUAACUCCAGAAUAUUUAUUCAGCAACUAUUUGGUCCCCUACUUUGUGCCAAGCAGCCGUUAUAUGUAAAAGAGCAAGACAUACAGUUUCUAUCCUCAACAGAUUAUAGGCCAGCAACACCUAAAUGGGCUAAACACAUGCCAAACGUGCAAGGCCAAUUUGAUCCCUGGCACUGCAUGGUCCCCUGAGCAUAGAUGGGAGUAACCCAAAGUACCAUACUUCAGGAUAUUGCCCCAAAACAAAAGUUUGUAGUAAAGGAGAUACUACACUAGAGACAGCUAAGUGAUAAUGAUUGCUACAAAGUCUUUUUCCUUCUCCAGGGGCAGCUAACAUAGACUUGGGUGGGGUGGGAUAAGACUUUCUUAACUAUUGAAAGGGCUGGAGAAAAUACAGCAGGUAAGGCCCUUUCCAUGAACAGAUACUAUCCUGGCAUCCUGUAAGGUCCCCCAAGCCCCACCAGGAGGUGAUCUGAGUGGCCAGAGCCAGGUGAUCUGAGUGCAGAGCCAGGAGUAAACCCUGGGUAUCAUUGGGUAUGGCACAACCCCCCCCAAAUAAAUAAAAUAUUGAAGGAUAAAAAUUGAGUUAAGUCAGUUUUAAUUUGAAGGGGGAGGGAAUCAAAGUUCAGCCUCACCAGUAGUGCUCAGCUACUUCUGGCCCUGUUCUCAGGAGUCACUCCUGGGCGUGCUCACAGGACUACAUACAAGCCAGGAACCAAACCAGAGUCAGUGGUAUGCAAGAAAAGUAUCUUAACACCUGUACUAUGUCUCACGCCCUUGGUUUUGUUUGGGGGCCACACCGGCUGUGCUCAGGGAUCACUCCUGGCUGGCUGGGGAACCAUAUGAUCCUGGGGGUUGGGGCCCUCGGUUUUAAUUUUAGUAUCAAACUGCCGAAACAGUAAAUUCUAAAAAAAGAAUAGAAAAGGAUUUCUCCUAUUACUUGAACGUACAUGGAAGUUGAGAGAAGUAGCAGCUAAUUUGGGUAUUAAUGUCUAGCCUCUGUCAGUCUGCAUGAGAUGAUAGUGUUUGGAUUUCUCUCUAGGUGAGGCAGUCCCAGCCCAUUGUUGCAUCCUGUCUGCCUGUAGCCCCUUCUUUACAGAGCGACUGGAGCAGGAGAGACCGGUUCAGGGUCGGAAGGUGGUGCUGGAGCUGGGAGGCCUGAAGAUUAGGACACUUAGGAAGCUGGUGGACUUUCUCUAUACCUCAGAGAUGGAAGUAUCUCAGGAAGAAGCCCAAGAGGUGCUUUCUGCUGCUCGUCAACUCCGUGUAUCUGAGCUAGAAUCCCUUCAGCUAGAGGGUGGGAAGCUAGUCAAGGCUCCUCAGGGCCGUAGACUAAACCGUGAGUGCUUACAACCGCCAAGUACUGCACCAAUCUCUGCCAGGGUAGUGGCAUCCAGCCACGGCCCUCGAACUCCACUGCCUGUUACCCAGACUCCCUGUCCUCUUGGGGCAGUCAGAUUGAAAUCCUCGGGGAAGGAGGAAGGGCCCCAGGAGAAGAGCAAUCGACAGAGUGCCGAGAACUUGUCAAGAACUCACCUGCUCAAGAGGAAAGCCAAAACCUGCCCAACUACACAAGAAAAAAACUCGUCACCAUCAAGCCACAGCCCAGCACCUGAAGAGAACAAGACUACCCCUAGCCUGGGUCCAGCAGCACUUUCCCCCCCCAGUCUGUAUCCUGCUGUGGACGAACGGCUUCUGCCCAGAAAAAUCCGGCUGAGUCGUUCAAAGCCACCUCCUGAUGUAUGUACAGCCAAACCUUCCGGCAUCGUAAGUGGACCCAGCCCUGGCCGGCGACUUUGGCGACAGAAGAGCAUAAAGGAAGUACCAGAGGACAAGCAGAAAACAGAAGAAGCUAGUCCUCUACCCAGUACCCCGAGCACAUCAGGUCUUGGAAAGACAGGUGGGAAUAAAAAGCGGAGCCCUGAGACCCGGGCACCUAACUCCGACCCUGCAGAGGAGGGGCAGGUAGGGAGAGUCAAGCUCCGCAAGAUUGUCAAUGGCACCUGCUGGGAGGUGGUGCAGGAGCCUCCCCUCAACAAUUCACAAGCCAGCCCUCAGGUACCAGAACCUGGAGACUUCGAUGAGCUUCCAGGGACCCAGCUGUCCUCUGUGAAUGAGCAAGAAAUGUCGUCCCCAAGACUGGACCCGUGUCAGGACUCACCCAUGUGCUCUAGGCUUCAAGACAUUCUACUCUCUGCCAGCCGCUCCCCUGACUACCCGGUGGUGAAAUCCGAGUUUGGGUCGAGUCCAGAGGUGGUAGGGAAGGAAGCUGGGUUGGCUAUUGACUGCAGAGAGCCCCUGUGUACAUUUGACACGAGUCUGCUUGGGCAGCCCUGUGAGGCUGAGGAGUACCGAAUCACUAGUGCUGCUGCCACCAGCGAGCUGGAGGAGAUCUUGGACUUCAUGCUCUGUGGCUCCGGUAUUGAGCCACCCAUAGGAUCUCUGGAAAGUCCCGAGGCCGAAAGCUGCAGGACCCCCAGUUAUGACCUGACAGAAACAGGAAAAAACUGGAUUGAAGGUGAAGAAUGGUGUUUGCAAGACAUGGAACUCUGGCCCACAGAGCUCACAGGAUUGGAAAAGGAAGCUGUCGGUGAGAACAAAGACCCAAUGGAGCCCUUUAGCCCCCUUGUCAUGCCCACUGAGACCAAAGAGCCAAUGGAGCUCCUUAGCCCCCUUGUGAUGACCUCAGAGAUGAGCGAAGGGGAGGUGCUUUCAGGAAGAAGCUCCUGGACUCCAGACCUAGCAAUUACCAGCUCCCUGCCACUAGACAGUCAGAGAGACAAGCACCUUCACGUUGACUCUCAAAGGUCCUAUGAGGACCCUUCACCUCUUUGUUCAAACUGGGUGGAGACUGGGCUGGAAGCAUCCCUAACUAUAAACGAGAUAUUAUACUCUGUACCAGAGGCAGGAAAAGAGGUAUUUGGCAACUCCGAAUUGUUGGUCCCCCUUCCUGCCAGCCCAGAAGAGGACGAGAUCGAUGUGAUGGACUGGUCAUCUGAGGGGAGGCUGGAGCCCACCAGUAUUCUUUCAGUAUGGCCUGACCCUUCCUCUGAGUCAGAAACAGAGAUUGAUAUACUAACGUAGUGACAGGGAGGGGAGGGCAGGGUCCCUGGGGAGAAAGAAACAUGCCCAGCAGAGGCUAGCACAUGCAGUCUCAGCAUGGGGCAGGUAUACCCCUGGCUCUUCUGCAAGUCCCCUCCUCCCCUCCCAAGGUUUGGGAGCCAGGCAGAUGUAGUAUGCUUAGAAAAUUAUGAACUUGACCCAUUUUAUUUCUUUGUA